CCACGCAGCCCGAGGGACUCAGACACCCAGGAUCCCAGAUGGGGGCGAUGGCGCCGCGCACGCUGCUCCUGCUGCUGGCGGCUGCCCUGGCCCCGACCCAGACCCGCGCAGGCCCACACUCGAUGCGGUAUUUCGAGACCGCCGUUUCCCGGCCGGGCCUUGGGAAGCCCCGGUUCAUUAUCGUCGGUUACGUGGACGACACGCAGUUCGUGCGCUUCGAUAGCGACGCGGAGAUUCAGAGGAUGGAGCCGCGGGCGCUGUGGAUGGAGCAGGAGGAGCCGGAGUAUUGGGAGCGGGAGACACAGAAAGCCAAGCGCAGUGAGCAGAGUUUCCGAGUGAACCUGAGAACCCUGCUCAGCUACUACAACCAGAGCGUGAGCGGCUCUCACACACUCCAGUGGAUGUAUGGCUGUGACGUGGGGUCCGACGGGCGCCUCCUCCGCGGGUACCUGCAGUACGCAUACGACGGCCGCGAUUACAUUGCCCUGAACGAAGACCUGAAAACGUGGACAGCGGCGGACAUGGCGGCGAUGAUCACCCGACGCAAGUGGGAGCAGGCUGGUGAUGCAGAGUAUUACAGGGCCUACCUGGAGGGCACAUGCGUGGAGUGGCUCCGCAGAUACCUGGAGCGCGGGAAUGCGACGCUGCUGCGCACAGAUCCCCCAAAGACACAUGUGACCCAUCACCCGGGAUCUGAAGGUGAUGUCACCCUGAGGUGCUGGGCCCUGGGCUUCUACCCUGCUGACAUCACCCUGACCUGGCAGUUGAAUGGGGAGGAACUGACCCAGGACAUGGAGCUUGUGGAGACCAGGCCUGCAGGGGAUGGAACCUUCCAGAAGUGGGCAUCUGUGGUGGUGCCUCUUGGGAAGGAGCAGAAUUACACAUGCCAUGUGGAACAUGAGGGGCUGCCUGAGCCCCUCUCCCUGAGAUGGGAGCCUCCUCCAUCCACUGGCUCCAUCAUUGCUGCUGCUGUGGCCGUCAUUGAAGCUCUGGUAGCUUUUGUGAUGAAGAGAAGGAGAAACACAGGAUGAAGACAGCUGCCUGGAGUGGACUGAGUGACAACCGGCUCAAUGUGAAGAACUGUGGAGCCCAGCCUGCCCUGCACACCAGGACCCUGUCCCUGCACUGCUUGUUCCCUUCUACAGUCAACCUUCCAGCUCCAGCCAAACAUGGGGAGACAUCUGCAUCCUGUGAGCUCCAUGCUGCCAUGAGCUACAGCUCCUCACUUCUACACUGAGAAUAAGAAUCUGGAUGUGAACUUUAUUGUUCGUAUCCUUGAUCUGAGGGUUGAUUGACAGGUAAACUAAAGGAUUAAGAAUACUUAGAGUUUGUGGAGGAAAUAAAUGGCAGAUGGAGAACCUUCCAGAGUCUGUGUCACUAUGCUGUGUGUGUGCGUGUGUGGAGGAAAUAAAUGGCAGAUGGAGAA